AAGGAUUGUUAGUGCGAUCGUAUUUAUUGAUUAAAUGAUUCCAAAAGUGGUGCAAGGAGAAGUUAAGGUAGGCGGGGAUGAGGGGAGGAGGCUUCAGGAGCUGCCGUAGUACUUCAAUCCUUUUUUUUUUUAGCUUGCCCAAUCAGAUAUUUUUUCAUUAAUUACGCGCCGAGUGGCAUAGCCACAGCCAUUGUCACACACGCAACUGGUCGCUCUGAUGGCGGGUCAUGUCAUGUCAUGUCAUGGCAUGCCUCACGGCUCUGUGCUCUGUGCUCUGGCUACGGGCUACGGGGCAUCCAGGUGACAGUACGUCCCGGUAGCUGGUGGGCUGAAAAUGUCGACACCGGAGGAGGACCAGCACGAGGAGCCGGAACGGCAUAGUUUCUGGGAGCGGCACGAGUUCAAGUUCUACAAGUACGGCCACAUUUAUGCCGUCAUCUACGGGCAGGUGGUCAUCGACUAUGUGCCCCAGCAGCCAAUGCGACGGGGUCUGAAGGCGCUGCUGAUCGCCUACGGUCAUGCGCUCAGCCUGAUCCUGAUCGUGGUGCUGCCGGGCUACUUUGUCUAUCACUUUCGCACCCUCACCGAGACGCACGAUCGCCGCAUGCAGCUAAUGCUGUACGUGAGCUUCGCGAACACGGCCAUCAAGUAUGCGACGGUGAUCGUGACAUAUGUGGCCAAUACGGUGCACUUCGAGGCCAUCAACUAUCGGUGCACGGUGCAGCGGCAGCGCCUGGAGACGGCCUUCGCGGACGCACCCCGGCAGCCGAAGCGCAGCUUCGAGUUCUUCAUGUACUUCAAGUUCUGCCUGAUCAACCUGAUGAUGCUCGUGCAGGUGGGCGGCAUAUGUGCGCUAUAUGGCGCCUCGGACGGGCCCUCGGUCAGCCAGGUGCGCCUGCACUUCGCCAUCUACGCCUUUGUGCUGUGGAACUACACGGAGAACAUGGCCGAUUACUUUUACUUUGUGAAUGGCAGCGUCCUGAAGUACUACCGCCAGCUGCAUCUGCAGCUGUCCGCCCUGCGUCGGCAGCUGGGCGGGCUGCGGCCGGGCGGCAUGCUGAUGCAGCACUGCUGUCGGAUGAGCGACCGCCUGGAGGAGCUGCGGCACCGAUUCGGCCAGAUACACAGCCUCUACACGGAGAGCUUUCAGAUGCAUCAGUUCCAGCUGCUGGGCCUCGUGCUGAGCACACUGAUCAACAAUCUGACCAAUUUCUAUGCCAUCUUCAAUAUGCUGGCCAAGCAGUCGCUCGAGGAGAUCAGCUGCCCGAUCGUGAUCGGGUGCGUGUAUGCCACGGGCUUCUACAUCGACACCUACAUUGUGACCCUGCUCAACGAGCACAUCAAGCAGGAGCUCGAAGGCUUCGCCCUCACGAUGCGCACCUUUGCCGAGCCCCCAGCCACAGCGGAGCAGCGGCUCACCCAGCAGAUUGAAGACUUCUCCCUGGAGCUGCUGAGGUGCCGACCGCCCCUGCUCUGUGGCCUGCUCAACUUUGACCGUCGCCUGGUCUAUCUCAUAGCCGCCACUGCCUUCUCCUACUUCAUCACCCUGGUGCAGUUCGAUUUGUAUCUGCGCAAGCGGUCCUAGGCCGCACCCACAGCAAGCACUCCCCACACAGCAAGACUAACCCCGAAAGCACCCUUGCAGCUACAUUCCCUUGGCCUAGGGAUGGAAAUGGCGGGCCAGUCCUCGGCAUGGAUAGCAUGAGAUGUGCCCUCGCUACGAUCAGCAGUAGGCAGCAAUCAGCACUCAAUCGCCAGCAAUUCCCCUUCAAUAAAGCUAAUUAACUGAAAAUAUCUAUCUAAAU